AUGAGUCCGCGAAAGCGCUCAGUUGCCUUUGUAUUUUGGUCUCCUGGUACGCUUCAACCGAACUUGAAACUAAAACAGCUUUUAGAUGCUCUGAAACACUUGAAUUUUGAAGAAAAAGACGAAUACGGAAGUGAACUCUGGCCAUUGAUUGAAAAGAUCACCGUUAAAGAAUUAAAUGAGCAAGAAAUAAAGCAAAACAACUCCACUGUCAAGACGCACCCAGUCAAGUCCGUACCACUGUCCCGCCAAAAGGCCCCUCCAAUGGCAAAACCUCAAAUACCGAAGCUGUCCAUUGAGCCCAUGACAGAAGCUGAGAUGCAAGAAGCAUCAGAGACGUUCUCGGAACGUUACAGAACUGCGAAGCCAUCAGUGACUGUUCGACCACUUUAUUAUAACAUUCGUUCAAAAUACCGUGGCAUUCACCACCGCUAA